AUGGUGCAACUAGCUCUUCUUGCUGCUACCAUUUACGCUCUAAUCUUCAGCAGUUUCCUGAUUGAAGCAAAGCCACCAAUGACUAGGUACGUUUCUUCUCGUCUUUCAUUUCAUGAGCUUCUAAAUGGCGGAUCACUCGGACCUCAAUCCUUGAAAGAGGUUCAAAUUGGGCAUAGGGCAAUGGUGCAACUAGCUCUUCUUGCUGCUGCCAUUUACGCUCUAAUCUUCAGACUUCCUCGUGGGUUUUUGGAAUUCAAAGCUGGCAUUGGCAAUACAUCUGUAAAGAAACGGUUCAAGAUUGGAUAG